UUGCCAGACAUUAUUUGUCAAAGUUUGUUUUCGUCGCCCUUUUUGUGUUUACAUUUUAGUUGUUAAAAUAGUGAAAUAAAUAACGCGAAACCGAAACACAUCGACAAAAUACAAAUAUAGACAAAAACGAGUCGAUUGAUAUCCAUAUCGACUAUUUUUAACUUCACUUGGGCCGUAAACUAAAUAAUUACCCAUUGUAUAAACACCCAUUCAAUGAAAUCGUUAAGCCAUCAAGAGCGACAUGAUUACAUUUUCCAAAAUUUUAUUCUCUGUGGUAAAUCGUCUGGAAGGGAUAAGCACUAUCAUGACAUCGAUAUUAUAAAGGAACAACAUCGGUUCUUAUGGGACGAAAAUGAAAAAACGGAAGAAGAUUCAUGGGAAGUACGCUUGGCUAAACGUUACUAUGACAAAUUAUUUAAGGAAUAUUGCAUAGCAGACUUAACUCGUCACAAAGAUAACAAGGUUGCUCUGCGCUGGCGUACUAAGGACGAAGUCGUAACAGGAAAAGGUCAAUUUCAGUGUGGAAGUAGUAAAUGUGAACAAAGAGAUAAUUUGCGUAGCUGGGAGGUGAAUUUUUCAUAUCGAGAACAAGGAGAGCGUAAAAAUGCGUUGGUCAAACUUCGUUUAUGUCCCACUCACUCAGAGCAAUUAAACUACACUUCUCGAAAACGAGAAAUAAAGCGCCUAAAAAAGUCUGUUAAUCGAAAAAUCGACAAUAAAAUAAAUGAGAAGCAUCCACAUGUGACUGAAGAUGCAGUAGAUGCAGUACCAGAAUCUGCUCCAAAUGAAACUCAAGAAAACCAGGAUAAUAUUUGGGAACGGAAACCUGACGCAGAAGUAGAACAAACUUCCCGUGAAACUGACUUUGAACGAUAUUUAGAAGACCUUCUGUUAUAAUUUAGCAUUUAUAUAGUUCUUGUUCAUAUGAACUGCUUUGUUUGUAUUCACGUUUGAGAAGGAAUAAAAAUAGCGCAAAAAGUAAACAUUUAUUAAAUGCAGGAAUACAAAGAAACUUAAUAUGAUCGAAUUUAAUACAUAAUAAAAAUAUAAUACAGAUACAAUGUUUCUUUUCUCGAGAAUAGCCUUCUUUAUUGCCAACAAUUAAAGCAGCAUUCAUACGAACUGAACUAUGGAAAAUUCGGCGAUAAGUAUUUUGCCGAGUUAUGUUUAGAAUUACAUAUUACAAUAAAAAGUUUAUAUUGUUCAUGCGUCCAGUAAAAUUAACUGAUACACAGAUAUUAUGAAUGAAUACUCCCAAUAUUAUAAACAUAACUUGCGGAAUUGUAAUUUUUAAAACACUAGCUUUAAUGCUGACUAGGAUCAAAAUACAUUGCUAACAUUUUGUAGUGCGGCGUAUGCAAAGAAAUUGUCGGUUUGGAAGUCAGUUCAUGUCUGCUCAAAAAUAAUCGCGACCUGAAAAUGAACUGUAUGGAAAAGAAAUUUUCAACACCUACCACGUUUCUGAAAGUACUAACUGGAUUCAAAUAUUCAAGCAGAUCUUUUCGAGCUCCAAUUUACUAGAACCCUUUGAAGAUGCAGUUAAUUUACGAUUGUUAUAAAGUACGGAAGGAGAAAACUACUACACAUAAAAAGCUCACUCGAAACGAAGUGAAUGUAAAUUUUACAGAUUUGUCAUGAUGCUGAAGUGUGCAAAUGAUCAUAAGAGAUAAAAUUAGGGGAAUAUAGUAUGAAGUAUGCAGUCCUCAGCACUCCAAUUUACUAGAACCCUUUGAAGAUGCAGUUAAUUUACGAUUGUUAUAAAGUACGGAAGGAGAAAACUACUACACAUAAAAAGCUCACUCGAAACGGAGUGAAUGUAAAUUUUACAGAUUUGUCAUAAUGCUGAAGUGUGCAAAUGAUCAUAAGAGAUAAAAUUAGGGGAAUAUAGUAUGAAGUAUGCAGUCCUCAGCACUCCAAUUUACUAGAACCCUUUGAAGAUGCAGUUAAUUUACGAUUGUUAUAAAGUACGGAAGGAGAAAACUACUACACAUAAAAAGCUCACUCGAAACGGAGUGAAUGUAAAUUUUACAGAUUUGUCAUGAUGCUGAAGUGUGCAAAUGAUCAUAAGAGAUAAAAUUAGGGGAAUAUAGUAUGAAGUAUGCAGUCCUCAGCACUAAAACUGUAUUGAGCGAUGGAAGGAACUAUAUUUUGCAAUAUACUUCUCACUUUUCCUCAGAAAACAGUUUAAAAUAAUAUCAACGAGAAAUGACAUGGAUUAAUAAUUUAAGAAAUUAAAAUUGGAAAAAUCUGUUUAAAUAAUAAUAGUAGUAAUAAAGUUUGUCUGAAUUGACAUCUAAGUUGUUACAAAUCUCAUCAAUUUGUUACUAAAUAUUAAUUACCAAAAGUCAUAAACUGGUAAUGCAGUUGUAAGCAAUUAGUAAUACCUUGUAAUAUCCGAUUUAAAAAUGAUUAAUUAA